CAGAUACCUUAAGCAGCAAUAGUAUUAUUAUUGGUGAAAUCAAAUCAAGAAGGUAUAAUUAAAGAGGAGCCAUGGUUCUUAUUAAUUAUGAUGAUAAUGAGAAGAAAAAGAACAAGAUCCUCAUCUUUGCUGCAAAUGGGUAUCUUGGUAAAUUCAUAGUGAAGGCAAGCCUUUCCAUGGGUCAUCCAACUUAUGUUUAUGUUCGUCCUUCCAAACCAAACGAUUCUUCCAAGCUUCAAGUCCUCAAGGAUCUUCAAUCCUUGGGUGUCACCAUAUUCCAAGGUGAGCUUGAUGAUCAUAAGAAGCUUGUGUCGGCUCUAAAAGAGGUUGAUAUUGUCAUUUCCACUUUGGCCGUUCCACAACAUUUAGAGCAGCUCAAGAUAAUUAGAGCUAUCAAACAAGCCAAUAAUAUUAAGAGAUUCAUUCCAUCAGAAUUUGGAAAUGAAGUUGAUAGAGUGAGUGGGCUUCCACCAUUUGAGGCAAUUCUUGAGAACAAGAGGAAGAUAAGAAGGGCAAUUGAGGAUUGUAUUAAAUUAUGAAAAAGAUGUGGCUGCUUACACUCUCAAAGUAGCAACAGAUCCAAGAGCUGAAAAUCGAGUAAUUAUAUAUAGACCCGAAGGAAAUAUAAUUACUCAGUUGGAAUUAUUAUCUUUGUGGGAAAAGAAGACUGAUCAAACUUUCAAAAGAGUUCAUGUUCCAGAGGAAGAAAUUAUCAAGCUCACUGAAACACUACCAUUUCCAGAUAAUGUACCGCCAGCAGUUCUACACAAUAUAUUCAUUAAAGGAGACCAAAUGAGCUAUGAAAUUUCCAAAAAUGACCUUGAGGCUUCAAAGUUGUAUCCUGAAUACAAAUACACUUCUAUUGAUGCCUACCUUGAUCUCUGCUUGGUUAAUGCUCCAAAACCUAAAUUGGCCACAUUUGGAUGAGUUAU